AUGGCGUAUCGGUAAAUAUGCGCAAAUAUGAGGACUAAAAAGUAAAUUAUAAACUUCCUUGAACACAUAAAAGCACAACCUACCCGAGCUCCCUGAAGCAACAAAAACAGGGCCAUAAAUUGAGCGUAUCGGAUCUAUACACUCUCACCAAUCACACCAAUAAAACACACCCAUGGAUGAGGUGUUGAUAAGCUAGGGUGUCGUGGUCGCCCUUUUUGGGUUGAGGAUUGUUUUUGGGAAGUUUUGUGUGUCUUUAUUGAGUGCAUUUAAGAAAUGGCGACUAUGAACCCGUUUGAUUUGUUGGGUGAUGAUGAUACUGAGGAUCCAUCGCUGCUGAUUGCUGCUCAACAGAAAGUCGUGGCUACGAAGAAAGCUCCGACUCAAGCCAAGCGACAGCCCUUAGCUCAGCCUAAGGCGGCUAAGCUUCCUUCCAAGCCCCUCCCUCCUGCUCAGGCUGUGAGAGAAUCAAAGAUUGAAACUGGUCGAGGAGGAGGUCGUGGAGGUGGACGCAGUUAUGGGCGUGGUCGUGGAGGUGGAUAUAGGCGUGAUUUUUCCAAUGAUGAGAACUCAUUCAGUAACAGGGGGGUCCCUGAUGGUCAAGUUGCUGUAGAAGAUGGAGAGGCUGGGAAGAACUCAGAAAGACGGAGCUAUGGUGCACCUCGUGGUCCUUAUCGUGGUGGACGUCAUGGUGGUUUCAGUAAUGGCGAAGUUGGUGAUGGGGAACGCCCUCGUAGGACAUUUGAGCGCCACAGUGGCACUGGGCAUGGAAAUGAAUUUAAACGUGAAGGGUCUGGCCAUGGUAACUGGGGAUCCCAAACUGAUGACAUCUCACAGGUGAAUGAGGAAGCUAUCAAUGGAAGUGAGAAGAAUUUGGGUGAUGAGAAGCCCACUGGAGAGGAAGCUGUCAAAGAACCUGAACAUAAGGAACCUGAGGAAAAGGAGAUGACUCUUGCUGAUUAUGAGAAGGUGCUGGAAGAGAAGAGGAAAGCCUUGCAGCCCCUGAAGUCUGAAGAAAGAAAGGUCAACACAAAGGAGUUUGAGUCAAUGCAACCACUCUUCAAUAAGAAGGGCAAUGAUGAUAUCUUUAUUAAAUUGGGUUCUGAAAAGGAUAAGCGGAAGGAGGCUGCUGAGAAGGAUGAGAAGGCAAAAAAAUCUGUCAGCAUUAAUGAGUUUUUGAGGCCCUCAGAAGGAGAGAGGUAUUACAAUCCUAGUGGUCGUGGUCGUGGACGUGGCCGUGGCUCAAGAGGAAGUUAUGGUGGGGGCAGUGCCACGAGUAAUGUGGUUGCCCCUUCCAUUGAGGACCCUGGUCAGUUCCCAACCUUGGGGGCUAAGUGAGAUUGUCUAGAUUCCAAUCUCUGUUUUUCAAAUUUUGGGUUCUUUCGAUAAAUCAUAUAGGGAAAUUGACUUGAAUAAUGUGGUUUCCUAUAUCAAUUUUUUUUUUUUUUAAUUUUUUGCUUUAAAAUGUAUAUUCAGGCUGUACUUCUAGUGUGCCCAUGUAGCCUUGGUAUGAUUGAACUGGGGCAUAUGAAAACUAUUUAUUUAUAACUAGAAAUUUAUCUUUGCGGUUUUGAGGAUUUA